UCCCAACUCCGAGUCCAUUCAAACCUCACUGCCUUUGCCUGGCAUUGCCAAGCGUGUUAAUUGGGGAAACUCCUCCCCGCCGCGGCCGGCGGGCACCACCGAGGCAACCGCGACCUCCCGCUACGCUUUGGAGCGCAGCUGCCCCAGCGCAGAGCCCUGAGCCGGCCCGGGCGGUGGGGGGCUCGGGCUGCGGGAGGAGGGUGCCCGGCCACCUGCUGCCCCCCCUCCCCGUGCUGAUCGCUCCCGAGAGCGGACGCACCCCAGCUCGUGUGCGCCCCGCAGAGCCGGACCGUCGGGGACGCGGCGCUCGGAGCAGACACCUGUCCCUCCCAGUCCGCAGAACCCUGGGCGCUGCAGCCCGUGGGAGUCUCGUAGGCGCCGGAGCAAGUAGAGACCAAGCCCUGCAGAGGCCUCGGACCCGCGCCCGGAGAGCCAUGGCUGCAAAGCUGCUGCUUCUCCUCUGCCUGUUCUCGGGCUUGCAUGCUCGGUCCAGGAGGGUGGAAGAAGAUGAGAAUGAAGACUCUCCAUCAAACCAGAAGUGGGUCUUGGCACCCAAAUCACAAGACACCGAUGUAACGCUGAUUCUCAACAAAUUGUUGAGAGAAUAUGACAAAAAGCUGAGACCGGACAUUGGAAUAAAACCAACUGUGAUCGAUGUGGACAUUUAUGUUAACAGCAUUGGUCCUGUGUCAUCCAUAAACAUGGAAUACCAAAUUGAUAUAUUUUUUGCUCAAACCUGGACAGACAGUCGCCUUCGAUUCAACAGCACAAUGAAAAUACUAACUCUGAACAGCAACAUGGUGGGCUUGAUAUGGAUUCCAGACACCAUCUUUCGAAAUUCUAAAACAGCGGAGGCUCACUGGAUCACCACACCCAACCAGCUCCUCAGAAUCUGGAAUGAUGGGAAAAUCCUUUACACAUUAAGGCUCACUAUCAAUGCAGAGUGCCAGCUGCAACUGCAUAACUUCCCUAUGGAUGCGCAUGCCUGCCCUUUGACCUUCUCUAGCUAUGGCUACCCCAAAGAAGAAAUGGUUUAUCGUUGGAGGAAAAAUUCAGUUGAGGCAGCUGAUCAGAAAUCAUGGCGGCUCUAUCAGUUUGACUUCAUGGGCCUCAGAAACACUACAGAAAUCGUGACAACAUCUGCAGGUGACUAUGUUGUCAUGACUAUCUAUUUUGAACUGAGUAGAAGAAUGGGAUACUUCACGAUCCAGACGUAUAUCCCCUGCAUACUGACUGUGGUUCUGUCCUGGGUGUCAUUUUGGAUCAAAAAGGAUGCGACACCAGCAAGAACAACAUUAGGCAUCACCACAGUGCUAACCAUGACCACACUCAGCACCAUUGCCAGGAAGUCCCUGCCUCGGGUGUCCUAUGUCACUGCCAUGGACCUCUUUGUGACCGUGUGCUUCUUGUUUGUCUUUGCCGCACUGAUGGAGUAUGCUACCCUCAACUACUAUUCAAGCUGUCGAAAGCCAACCAUCAGGAAGAAAAAAACAUCGUUAUUACAUCCAGAUUCCACAAGAUGGAUUCCUGAUCGAAUAAGCCUUCAAACACCCUCUAAUUAUUCUCUACUGGAUAUGAGGCCCCCACCACCUGUGAUGAUCACGUUAAACAAUUCCAUGUACUGGCAGGAAUUUGAGGACACCUGUGUCUAUGAGUGUCUGGAUGGCAAAGACUGCCAGAGCUUCUUCUGCUGCUAUGAGGAGUGCAAGUCUGGCUCCUGGAGGAGAGGCCGCAUCCACAUUGAUGUAUCCGAGCUGGACUCCUACUCUCGGGUCUUCUUCCCGACAUCCUUCCUGCUGUUCAACCUGGUCUAUUGGGUUGGAUACCUGUAUCUUUAAGUGCUGCUCUGAAGGAUGACUGAAGAGUACUUGAUUCAUGUUUUUCCUUCCACUGUCCCCAGACAAGUAGUGACCAACCAAAAAAGUAGAAGGGAAGGACACGACUCCAGUUUGUUGUGCUACCUUUCAGCAGCAUGGGAAGUACUGGAAAGUAUUCCUUAUAAAUAUUUCACUCACAAACACUCACUCACAUGUGCACGCACACACACACACACACACACACACACACACCACACCACACCACACAAAGAGGAACUGCAUCUUCAAAGUGAUAUUCUUGCUAAUCCCUUCUUCAACCCGUAGUUUGAUAUAUAUGAAUGGCCUUGGAUACAGAAGCUGCCAGUUACCAUGCAACGACACCUGUGAAAGAUGCAAACCAAUAUCUAGACGUUGUCUCAGAUCCUCCCCAUUAUGUAUCUUCCUUUUGCAUCCCUUGGCACCAGUGCCUGUGCACACAGGAUCUACCUUAGUGGAGAUACACUCAGAGUGACCUCUCUGAGAUCCAGCUUGAAGUGCAGUCAGCUUUGGCCCCUUCUGUGAGGCCUGUUUGCUCAGACACUGAGGUCCUAAGCUAGCCUCCCUCUAACUGGCACUCUUCCUUCCUGCCUGGGAGGUAUAUAAGCCAACAAGUUUCCAUUCGUGGGAAAAAAAAAUGUGAUUUUUAAAAUUUGUUCCUGAGACCAAGACUGCUGUUUGUCUCUAACUCUAACAAAGUAGUGACUUUAUUACAGACUGCCAAGCAUCAGCCGUAUUUGCAUCCUGGGUUCCUGGACCAGUUGCAUUUGAAUUCAGCAUUUUUCAAAGAGCUGCGAUUUAUAAGACCAAGUCUCAGUCUCAGAUGAUGAGGGUAGCUUAUAUUAUUGUUAGGGAUUCGGUAACUGUCUUCACCCUGCUCACACAUGCAAUGUGGAUAGGCCUUUGUUUGGAAACGGCGUUCUACAGUGUAAAAUAACAUAAACAUCCAUGUAUUUAAUCAUGAGCAUUAACUUUAAAGCCAAACCAACUUUAGAUCCAAAAAUUGGUGAUGGUUAUUGUCAAUUACACAUUUUGAUGAACAAAAUUUGUUUUAUACUUUGAAAUAUGAAUGCAUAGCAAAAUCCCAAAGAAACCCCCCGAAAUCAAUUCUCUUUUGAUAUUUUUUAUAACACAAAACAAAUUUGCUUCUUCAUAUUAGUUAUUUGCUAUGACCAGAUGCUCUUGUGCACUCCAAGUCCAUGACUCUUUUGAAGCAUCCUCUAUUGGUGACACCCACGCAUUUCCACUCAUCAGCAGGGUCUUGGCACUGUUACGGCAUCCGCAGUACAAUCCUUGUGUGCUUUUCUCCCACAAAGCUGAAUUAAUUUUAUUGAAAGUCAUUCAUUUUUUUCCAUUUCUAUUACACAUACUAUAUCACUACUUAGAAAAAGUAAAACAUCAGACAAGUAGAAUAUAUCAAAGUGGUGACUUCACACAAUUUAUUAGAUGUAUUUCAGAAACGAUGAUGGUAUUGAAGAGACCGGAAAACUGAAAGUAGAUACUUUUGUUAAUUCUUUCUAGUACUGUUGCACAUGAAGUAGAUGUGAAAACGGACACACCUCUCAUUUGUAAGGGUAAUAAUGGCUGUCUCUGUGUACGGUUGUGAUAUUCAGUCUUUUCUUUCUGAGUUUCAACUAACAAACUACUAGUUUGAUAGUUACUACAUAAGGCUCAAGUCAACUGGCUUCUAGUUAGAAAAUUCCAUUUAAAAGAAUUAAAAUAAUAAAUGCCCAUAAAGAAUAAGCUGAAAUAAUGGCUUAGAUGAAAUGUCUCCUCUGUUGGGAGGUUUUGCAUCUAGUGCUCUAGUGUCUCUGAAGCUCCUGCCUUUGGAAGGCCCACUCUGGAAGUGCCCACAGCACUGAAGACAGAGAGCAAGCCACACACACAAUUGCAAACACUAUCAGCUCAGAAUCGCUAAUCAGAUAAAGAGCUUUAAUCUGUUACAUUUUAAAAGUUCUGGGGAAAACUAAAUUUUCUAGUCAUCUUUUUGUUUUUAAGGAUUAAAACCUGUAAGCAUGUGAUGUAGGGGUGGACUCCCUGCUACCGUAGACAAACCCCACAGUGGCCUCUUAUCUCAAAACUUGUCAUUGUCAUUGUGUCUUGCCCAACCUCAGCCAUGCUGAUCAAAACAUAGGAAGAGCCAACGCGCAUGUCACAAGUAUGCCAAUGCCUGUUUCUCAGUAAAGUUUAAUUGUCUAUGUCAGUCUGAACUCCCAGGAUAACCCAUUCUGGUACAUGAAACGGGAGAGAUGCCUGCCCAUUGCUCAGGGGCAAAACCAGGGGCUUUAUAAGGUGAACUCUGAGGAGAGUCUGGUACACUUGGAGGAGAAGGAGAGAUGCACCCCUCCUUAGACACCAGCUCUCCUUACUUAAUUAAGGGGGACAUGUGUGAGCACACAAACUCAAGCCUCCUCUAACCUGCCCCAUUCUGCUUUGUUUCCUUCGUGUGCAGAGCUGGGGAAUGCUUGGGUAGUGGUCUGAACAACCUGCAUUUCAAAGGUGCUACUGUGUUCCUCACUCUUAGAAGCACUCCAGACUGAGGAGACUAUUUGAACAGAUUCCCAAACCACUGUGGAUUAUACGGAAAACUGUGACUGUCUCUCCCUUAAACUACAUCCUGGUUGAUGGAGAAAAACUAAAAAGAUGUUUUACAAAGUAGUAAAAUUCAAGCCAAAUGCCUCUUCAAAGCCUAGACAGAUUCCCUAGGGUAUCCGAGAUGCUCGGUGGAGGACAGUGUUAAUAAAUUAACUCUGAGUCCAGCCAACACUGCCUCCAGUUUGCCCAAAAUAUGCCUUAAAAUAAAACAUAAAGCCCCCAAAUUUUACAUUUCUAGAAAUUUCAACUUCCUGUAGUCCCCCUUUUUCAUACUAAAUUUUGCUGUUUUUUUUUUAAAUAUACAUGGAUAAAAAUAGGAUUUCAUUUCUUUCUAUAACAACCAGGCAUUUUCAUGUUCGCAUCAGAUGAGAUAAAAUUACAGACUUUCAUGGACUCUUCAAACAUGGAAAUGCUUGUCCUUAAUCACAAGCUAUUCUCAUGUAGGAACCUGUGGGUUUAUGUCCACAGAUCAGCAUCAUUCCAGACUGUUUUACCUGGUAAUAUGUUGCUGCAGUUAAAGAUGUUUGGAUGCGUGUUGUAGCCCUACACAAUGUCACAUCUGGAAACAGUGGAAGCAAGCCACCUGAAUGGAAUCCCACUUCACAUCAAUUUGUCUUGACACAGCUAGGAAGCAGAGGUCCACUCUAUCCAAAGGGCUAGAAAACAAAACAGACACCACCUCUGCCUCCUUGAUCAUUUUUAUCUCACAUGCCAAACUGAAAUUUUCAUUCGGAACUUGGAGAAUUGUGACUGGUCCCCAGAUGUUGCACCCCCAUCCUAUCACUUCAGAGCCCUGGCGGCAUCAGGCUUCUUGAAUCUGUUUGUGGUUUGACAACUAUUUUUUCGUGUUUUCCUUUUAGAGUUAAAAAUUAUGCAAGUUUUCAUUUUGAAAAUAGUAAAAUGAAGAGAGAUAAACAUAGAAUAUAAAUAAGAAAUGUUGAAUUUCAUUUAUACUGAUAGAUUAUUGGUUUGGAACUUUAGAACACAAUUAUAUGGAAGGGUCUUUGGAAAUAGGAAGACAGGAAACAGAAUACCAAUUCACGGAAAAUGUCUUAUUCACAGUUUUCCCUGAACUCCCAUCAAAUGGCUACUAGUGGCCUGUGAUAACCAUUGGGUCUAAGACUAAUCAUGGUCCAAGAACUGAAUCUAAUGAAGUGCUCAGGACAGACAGGCCCAUCUCUGAUCUCCCUUCUACUGUAAACAUGGAUCAAAACAUAACAGGGAGAGAAAACAACCCGUGUCUUGAGAUGAUAAGGUAACAGCUAACACAGACACCUUCCCAGAAUAAGGAGUUGUUUUGUUUUUUAAAUAUAUUACGGUUUUGGAGCCUUGAAGUUGGGAUGUUUCAACUUCCCUCUUUUAAAAUUUCUUUAGCUUACAAGAUACUAAUCCCAUGAUAAAAAGCUUGAUUUAAUUCUGUUAAGGUUAAAAGAGAAGAUGUUUCUAUUCAUUUGCUUCCAAGAUGUCUUUUAGUUGAGUGGUGCUUUUGUUCUAAUAUUCCCUGUAAGACUUCUAAACUUCUUUGUUACUUUUCCUAGACUAAAAUCCCAGUCUUAAAAACAGCUUACAUAAAUCAGUGCAAAACUCUGACUUGAACUCUCGUUGGUCAUUAAAAAGUUUCCCAUGCUUUGAGUUAACCAGGUUAGGUUAUGUGAACUAGUAAAUACUUAAACACACACACACACACACACACACACACACACACACACACACACACCACUUCCAAAUUAAGGAAAGUCUGAUUUGUUUUUUCAUUUUAAUUGAGGCAAAUGUAAACUGCUUUGCUUAACCUGUUCAGUUAAGCAUCUAUUUUAAGCACUUCAUUUUUCACAUCUGUAAGCACAGUACAAGGUUGUCCCAGCCCAGGGAACAGGUUGCACAGGGUGAGUCAAGAGUAGUUACUGUGGGAAAGGAAGGCUUCUCUGUCUGCAAGGUAGUUUAAACUGCAAGGGUAGGGAGAAACAAUUGACUUUCAACCACAAAACCUCCCAAACUGAGCUAGUUCCUGCUUGGUUUUGUUCUUUCCUAGAUAUUGAAAAAUACUGCUCUGUAUUUCUGUGAACAAGGAGAGUCUGCUUCUGGAUCCAUGUAUUCUGUAUCUGUGAUUUCAACCACCAUCAAGAAUGUCAACCACUUUUGUCUCUGUACCUAGCAUGGGCAGGCAUUUCUCCUUGUGAUUAUUUCCCUAAAUGUAAGAGAGUAACAACAGAGGCUGACAUAGAAUGUACAAUGCAUAAAGCCGUGUAAGCUGUCCUGGGGUGGUGGAAUGUAUAGAGAAGAAUGUGCAUAGUGUCUAUGCACAUAAUGCCCCGACUUUAUUCAAAGGACCUGUGUGUAUCUGAGAGUUCUGUUUUCCUGAGGGAUCCUGGAACCAGUGCCCCCUGCAAAUUUGGAGAAGUGACUGCAAUGUUUUCAUUUCUUAUAACAGACUUAGAUCCUGAUGUCUCCUGGUUGCCCUACCCACUGAAGUACCAUGUCAGUACGUGUACAUAACCAAGCCAGUGUUCAUUUCUUAAAUAUGCAUUUCUUAGAUCAGGUGCUCACAACAUGGCUAUUACAGUCCCCUCUAUACAUCUUAAAAUUAUGACAUUGUCCCUAGCUUCCAUUCACAAAAGAUAGUUCCCAUUUACCAUUGAUCAUUGAUCACUGAUCAUUUUUGAAUACACAGGACUUUAUAUAGUGGACCCUAAAAUCACACUAGGGAAAAAAAUGUUUGACCCUAAGCUGUAGCUUUAUGAACAUUGUGAGAAUCAAUGUGGAAGCUUAAAGUGUCAGGCAUGGGCUGAAGUAAGGGUGACAUGGGUCCACCUUCUGAUUUUCUCCUCAAACAGGCUGAGUUCUUAAUGUAUGAAUGAGUCUGCUUCCUGGCACAGUGAGGCAAGUGCUUCUGGUAGGGUUGUGUUUGCACCUACUGAACAAUCUCCCAGGACAGCUGGCUGGAUAGGCAACCAUAAAUGUCCUUGUCAGUUGUCGUGAGAGUGCCCACGACUUGCCUACAUCAUUUUCUUAAACAUCAAGUUAUGCCCCGGUUCACAGGAAUCUUCUGGAAAGAUUCUCAAGACAUAUUUUAGAAGUCUUCCCAUUGUGGAAUUGGUAUUGUCAGGGACAAGUGAUGACAGCUUUGAAAUAAUUAGUAUUUGCUGAAAUGUCUUUUUAUCAAUAAUUGUCCAGGCUUUUAACAGGAAAGAUUCUUAUCAAUUUUAAGUUUGUGUGAAGGCCCCCAACACACAGAACCCCACACUGAGAAGACCUAACUGCCCAACCCUCUGUCUAACCUUGGCAGUCACAGGUAACCAUCAGUGAACUGGACACAUCAUUGUGUCCUUGCAUUUUCAGGGUUAUCUGGGAAAAUAAAAAUAAAGAACAAAAGAAAGCUAAGAAACAAAUCAUAUCUUCUUAAGUAACAUUCUCUGUAAUUAAAAGCUGAAAAUGUACAUAACCUUGAUGACUGAACUUUCCAACGUAUCCAUCAGAUAUGAAGGAAGAGUAUGGCAAGACCUCUGACAUGGUUUUUAUCCAUGGUCUAGUUUGUAGCCACCAAAGCACUGCAGAGAUUUUCUGUCUUUUAUAAGCUGUGACAAAAUUAGAACAUGUAUUUUUUUUAAUGAUGACAAGCUCUUAAAAACUUUAAUUGUAAUGUUAGAAUAGAGUCCAAAUUUUUGUUCGUUCCUUGGAAGUCCAUCUGCCCUGGUUCCUGAGUUUCCCAGCAUUUGAGGAGUGCAUGCCACCCAGUAUUUAUUUCCUGGUUACUUUUCUUCUUUUCAUUUUUGCCUUAUUGGACAUUUUUAGUCAUUUUCUUCUAGAUACAAUUUUGAUUGGCUAGGCACUAUUUUUUCUAAUGUGGCUGCAUCUUCAGAAGUUGUAAGUUUUGUUGCCCAAAGAAACCAUCACUCCUUUGCUCUCCAUGUCUUUGGGUCUAGGAGUUACUGCAGAUCUUGUUGGCAUUUUUUUACUAUAGUCUCUCUAACUAUAUAGUAGUGAAGAGUUUGCUAUUGUUUUCCUUUUUUCAGCUUAGAGUAAUGAUGGAAACACCCCCAAAGCCACAAUGGCCAAAUUGUGCUAGUGAGCCACGUUUACAUACUGACAUAUUUGUGUACAGAUACAUGUUUUCUUUUAAGCAGCUCCUGGACUCAGCAAAGCUUUGCUUGUUUAUGUUUUCCAUGAAAGGCUCUAGGAGAGUGACAAUUUUCAGGGACUGACCUGUAACUCGUUUGAAGUGAUGGGGUAUCUUGUGUUUACAUGCAGUGAUGUGUGUUUUCGUGUUUGUAUGUAACAAGGUAAAACUGAACAACCUAUUAAUGUGUGCGUUACUCUAUCAACUGCCCCACAUUUAGUUGAAACACUUAGGAGCACAGCUUCCUAGUGAUAGCAUGUUAGUUUAGUAAGCCUCUGGUUAAGGCAAACAGGAAACAGGGGAAAGAAGGGAAAAGGAAGAAAAGGGCCCAGAUAGAGUAAGAGACAAUCAUUGUAUUUCCCCAAAAUAUGGGAUCACAUCCUUUAAAAAACAAAUCAAGAUGAGAUGCCUGAUCAGAAGCACCACCAAGUUUCUUGGGUGCCUUGAUUAUCUGUGUACUGUGACCAGGCUUAUCUAAUAUACUGAUAGUACUUCUUGAUAUAUGGAACACUGGCCUUACAGUGUUCAUUUGGGAAGCCAUGUAGUUGUUCACAGACAAACCUAGGUAGGGCCUGUCGUCAAUUUUCAAAGCCUAGGAGUCAGCUACAGAGUAUGCAGGUUCAUUCUGAGAAGUAAAACUUUCACAGUCCUGGGCCGUGACUCAGGCAGAAAAGUAUGGAGUUGAUUUUCUAUCUGCCUGGAGUCCUUCCCACCUCUACAGCCUAAGGUAGGCUGAUUCCAGAAUCCCACAGCAUUUUGACAUCAGUUCUGAGCAAGUGAGGACUGUAGAGGGCAUUGGCUGGGAGGAGGGUGACCUGUCCUGCCCAAGUGCUGGCUGGCCCCUUAGAGAACUGGGAUCAUGGUCAGAGGCUGGCCUCACACCAGUGGCUUGCAAGAGCACUGGAUGUCCUGCUGUCCUCGAGGGCCCUCUUCCCCAGCAUAAAAACGGUGACUCCCCUGUACCCUGCAACUCGUGGUGUCCUAGUGAAGAGAGGGCGCCCUUGUGCCCAACGUGCCUUGGCGACCCCGGCGGCACCGCGCCCUGCCUUGCACGUCGCGACCCCGCCGAGCCCUCAGGGCCAAACCCAGCCAGAAGCCACCUGAGCCUCUUGGCUGGGCCGCCCUCUGUAUUUGUAUUUGGAUUCCUAUGUUUGUACUUCUGAUACAAAUAAAUGCACAUGUUGUCAGAAAUA